CGACGAUUAUGUCAUCAAAUGUAUGAUCAUAAGGCAUUGUUUUCAUGAAAACUUUUGCAGAUUUUGAAGGUAGAUGUGUGAAACAGUAUAUAAGAUCAAAAAAACUAACUUAAACCAGAAACUAUACAAAUUCCUCGUCAGUCAUCAUUUCGUCCUGCCCUAUCGCCAUUCCUACUUGCAGCUCUCUCACUCCCACGUCACCAAUUGUUUCUUGGAUCACAAGAGUACACGCCACAUCAUGUCACUUCCACGUCACAAAACACAGCUUCCUGAUACUCUACCCGUCGUUUGACUCAGAGUCAGAUUGCCAUUCUACAGUAAACCCCCAAAACAACCAUGAACCAUCUGCCACUCCUCGAGUCUUAAACUAAAUUGACGACAAAACCUUGUACGAUGAUGUGAAACAAACACAGAACAGAAAGAAAAAUAUCAGCAAACUUUCACCAGAUGUUAGCAUCAUAUCCUUCAAUUUCUCCCGGCUCCACUCUCCAUAAUUGAAAGCCCCAACCAACUUCCAAUUUUCUCAACUGCGUCACCUACCAAUCAUUAAGUACUACAAUCCAUGGCAGCAGCUUCACCUUUGAUCUCUGCUGAACCAAAACAAAAAAAACAAAGAAAAAACAAUGAACAACCCAUCAUUCCUCCUUCAGUUUCUUCCCCUGCUUCUUCUUCUCCCCUGUUUUUCGUUUUCAAUCGAGACAGACACCAUCAAGCCCAACAAUCCCCUCCGAGACGGCGACGUUUUGGUCUCCGGCCGCCAAACCUUCUCCCUCGGCUUCUUCUCCCCCAAGAACUCCAUCCGCCGGUACAUCGGGAUAUGGUACCACAACGUUUCGGAGCAAACCGUCGUCUGGGUCGCGAACAGAGACGCUCCUCUCAACGACACUUCCGGUCUACUGUCCCUCGAUUCCCGCGGCAAUUUCGGUAUAUACGCUGCAAAUGGAACUUCACUCGUCUGGUCGGCAAAACUCCCAGCUGGGAAUUUCGCCGCUCGGCUUCUGGAUUCGGGGAAUUUGGUGGUGGUACAAGAAGAGACGGAAAGGGUAUUGUGGCAGAGCUUCGAUUUCCCGACGGAUACUCUGCUCCCGUAUAUGAAAUUGGGGUUGAACCGGACAAUCGGUUCGAAUUGGUCACUCACCUCGUGGAAGUCGGAAGACGACCCCGGGUCGGGUUCCGUCUCGUACCGGAUCGACCCGACGGGUUACCCGCAGUUGUUCCUGUACAGGAACGGCUCGGUCCCUGCGUGGCGGGGCGGACCGUGGACGGGUGCUCGAUGGAGCGGGGUUCCCGAGAUGACCAAGAAUUUCAUCUUCAACGUCAGCUUCGAGAACGACGGCGACGACGACGUGUUCGUGAUGUACGGGGUGGUGUCGAACAUGUCGAUCGCGACGAGGAUGAUGGUGGACGAGUCGGGGCUCGUGAGGCGGUCCACUUGGAACGGGCGCGAUAGUAGGUGGGUCGAGUUUUGGUCCGCCCCGAAGGAACAGUGCGACAACUACCAGCUGUGCGGGCCCAACAGCAACUGCGACCCGUACCAGGCGGACACUUUCUACUGCAAGUGCCUACCCGGGUACGAGCCGAAGUCGCCCCGAGAGUGGUUCCUCAGGGACGGUUCGGGCGGCUGCGUGAGCCGGGCGGGGGCUUCCACAUGCAGGAGCGGGGAAGGGUUCGUGAAGGUGGCACGUGUGAAGGUGCCCGACACGAAGAUGGCACGUGCCGACAUGGGGUUGGGAUUGAAAGCGUGCGAGGAAGGGUGUUUGAGUAAUUGCACGUGCCAGGCUUACACGAGCGCGGACGAAAACGGGACUGGGUGCUUGAGAUGGUACGGUGACUUGGUGGACACGCGAACGUAUACCAAUGGUGGGCAGGACAUUUAUGUUCGUGUCAACGCCAGUGUGUUAGCUUCUUACAACAAGAAGUCCAGAGGGCCCUUUCAUAAUCCAGGAAUGCAAGCCGUCCUGAUUGUUUCAGUUCUACUAGCUCUCUUCCUGGUCAUUUUUCUAGCAUUUUGCCUGGUAAGGAGGUAUAGGAAAGCAGCUCGAGACAGAAUGGACAAACUUUCGUUCUUUUUCGACACAACUAACCCAGAAGGAUCCAUAACCGAAAAGGAUAGCAGAAGAGGAAAUAUGGAUUUGCCCUUCUUCCAUCUCAGUGAGAUUGCUGCCGCCACAGAUAAUUUCUCCGAAGCAAACAAGCUAGGAGAAGGUGGAUUCGGCUCUGUCUACAAGGGCACAUACAAAGAAAAUGAAAUUGCAGUUAAGAGGUUGUCCAAGUACUCAGGACAAGGAGCAGAAGAAUUCAAGAACGAGAUCGAGCUCAUUGCAAAGCUCCAACACAAGAAUCUCGUAAGGAUUCUAGGUUGUUGCGUGCAAGGACACGAGAAGAUGUUGGUCUACGAAUAUUUGCCUAACAAAAGCUUGGACUUCUUCAUUUUUGAUGAUGAAAAGAGGGCAUUGUUAGACUGGUCGGUUCGGUACAACAUUAUAUGUGGCAUAGCUCGAGGAAUCUUGUAUCUGCAUGAAGAUUCAAGACUGAGAAUCAUACACAGAGAUUUAAAGGCCAGUAACGUCCUGUUGGAUGCUUCGAUGAAUCCGAAGAUUUCUGAUUUCGGCAUGGCGCGAAUAUUUGGAGUCGACCAAGACCAGGCCAACACAAACCGCGUGGUUGGCACAUAUGGCUAUAUGUCGCCAGAGUACGCAAUGCAAGGAAUGUUCUCUGUAAAGUCGGAUGUAUACAGCUUCGGCGUCCUUCUACUGGAGACCAUCACAGGGAGGAAAAACAGCAGUUACUACGAAGAAACGACCUCCGCGAGUCUGGUCGGUUAUACUUGGGAGCUGUGGAAGCAAGGCAGGGCACUGGAGAUGGUCGACCCGUUGCUGGGCGAACCGUACCCAGACCAAGACGUGCUGAGGUGCGUCCAAAUCGGGCUGCUGUGCGUCCAGGAAUCGGCGGCCGACCGGCCCAACAUGUUCGACGUCGUGUUCAUGUUGUGCAACAUCGAGACGGCUCAGGCGCCGCCGACGCCGAGCAAACCGGCGUUCAUAUUGAAGCGAGGGUACAACAGUUUGGAGCCGUCGACGAGUUCGAAUGGCGCCAGCUCCGUCAAUGACGUUACCGUCACUGUGCUUGAAGCUCGGUAGAGAAACGGCACGACGUCGUUGUGGUUGGUUGGAGAUAUAAUUCAUAUAUUUUUGGGGAUUGAAUUAGGUAUUUUUUUUCAGCCGUCCACCAUAAGUUAGUGUGGACCACCAGAUGAUGAUUAGUAACGUGAUCAGGAUAUGAGGUUGGAUUUGAUUUUUAAUUGAGUGAGAAGCAAGCAAUUAAUGUAACUAUAUAAAUUAUUUGAGAAAUUAUGUAUCCAAUGUAUAUAGAUGGAAAUGUUAAUACUACAAUGCCAUUACAGUUGGGUGCUUGCUGUAUACAAAUUAAAUGAAAUGAUGUUAC